AUGACCUCGACCCGGCAUGGCACCAGGCGGUCCCUACUCAGCCUCGCGACCGCAGGAGCGGCACCUCCACCCGCUUCCCGGGAACCUCACGCUGCGAAGCUGAGCUAUGCCGAUCUGUCUCCGGCCGAGGUGCGCGUGGCGGUGCUGGGGGCCACCGGGUACAUCGGCCGGUUCGUGGUGCUGGAGCUGGUGAAGCGGGGUUUCCAAGUGCUGGCCGUCACCCGCCCCUCCUCGGGCAUCGGCAGUAAGCAAAAGGUCUCCGACGUCGAGAAGGCGCUGGAGGGGGCCACCGUGGCGGUGGCCGACGUCACCGACCCCGCAGACCUGGAGCGCUGCUUCUCGGAGCACCCCGCCCCACACGCCGUGGUCUCCUGCCUGGCCAGCCGGACCGGGGGCAUCGCCGACUCCUGGGCUGUGGACCACGACGCCAACGUGAAUGCGCUGCGCGCGGCGCGUGCCGUGGGCGCCGCCCACUUCGUCCUCCUCAGCGCCAUCUGCGUGCAGCGCCCCAGCCUGGAAUUCCAGCGCGCAAAGUUGGCCUUCGAGGCCAAGCUGCGGGAGGGCGGGACGAGCUGGAGCAUCGUGCGGCCCACCGCUUUCUUCAAGUCGCUUGCGGGGCAGGUGGAGCUCGUGGCCACGGGCAAGCCCUACGUCUGGUUUGGGGACGGGCGGCUGGCGGCCUGCAAGCCCAUCAGCGAGGCUGACCUGGCCUCUUACAUCGCGGACUGCGUGACAGACGAGGCCAGGGUCAACCGCGUGCUGCCCAUCGGCGGGCCGGGGCGGGCGCUCACCCCGCGCGACCAGGCGCAGCUGCUCUUCAAGGCCUUUGGAAAGAAGGAGUGGACCCUGGGCCUGCCGGUGGGCAUCAUGGACGGCGUCAUCGGCAUCCUGGACCUCCUCGCUAAGCCUUUCCCAGGGCUCAAGGAAGCGGCCGAGUUUGGGCGCAUUGGCAGGUACUAUGCCACCGAGAGCAUGCUGGUGUGGGACGAGAAGGAGGGGAGGUAUGACGCCGACGCGACGCCAGAGUAUGGCUCCGACACGCUGGAGGCCUUCUUCAAUAGGGUUGCGCGGGAGGGUCUGGCCGGCCAGGAGCUGGGGGACCAGGCGGUAUUCAAUAUCAAUCGAGGGACCUGA